AUGAAAGCGGUGAUUUUGCUUUGCUGUCUUGUAAUCGGAGUUGCUCAGUCCUUGCUCCCUUCACCUGAGGAGAAUAGGCGCUUAUCACGGCAAGGCAAAGAACUCUUUGAAGGCGACAUUGUCUUAACUCCCCAACAGAAAGCAGUUAUACAAGGUCUACAGAAAGGCUCGAUUACAAACAAAAGAUGGCCUAAUGGCGUUAUCGUGUACGAGAUUGAUAGCUCACUUUCAUCAGCGUCGAAGGCGAUGGCGGCAAUUAAUGCAGCUUUUGCUGAUUAUAAGAAGAAUACAUGCAUUACGUUUAAACAGAGGACAAACGAACGAGAUUAUGUAUCCUUCUUCAAGGGAGGCGGUUGCUGGUCUUAUGUUGGGAAAAUAGGCGGGAAGCAACGGUUAUCUCUGGCCGGUGGGUGCUGGUAUACAGGAACAGUUGUACACGAGAUAGGACACGCCCUGGGAUUAUUUCACGAGCAGUCACGACCUGACAGAGACACGUAUGUGACAAUCAAAUAUGGAAACAUCAAAGAAUCGGCCAAAGGCAAUUUCAAAAAAUACGGCUCAAAUGUCAUCGACUCCAUGGGAACACCUUAUGAUUAUAAAUCUGUGAUGCAUUAUGGUUCUAAAUACUUCAGCAAAAAUGGCCGGCCGACAAUAGUGCCCAAGAAACCAGGAGUUACCAUCGGUCAGCGCAAAGGCCUUAGUCCAGUUGAUAUUGAACAGAUGAACAAGAUGUACAAGUGUUCCGUAGCGCCGACUACAGCAGCCCCACCACCUCCAGGUGCAUCUGGUUGUGACUUUGACAAUGAUCGGUUGUGCUCGGGCUGGACACAAGAUAAGUCAGACAAGUUCGACUGGACAUUGAGAUCUGGAGCAACCCCAUCUUCCAACACUGGUCCCUCAUCAGGCCACGGAGGUUCAGGAUUUUAUGCGUACAUCGAGACCUCGUCUCCAAGGAAAUCUGGGGACAACGCCAAGCUUCUUUUCAAGACUUCCACAACCGGGCUGUUCUGCCUGAAGUUCUUUUAUCACAUGUUUGGGAAUUCAGUGGGAACUCUUAACGUCUUCAAUGGAAAUAAAAAUAUAUUUACCAAGUCAGCAUCUGGUUGUGACUUUGACAAUGAUCGGUUGUGCUCGGGCUGGACACAAGAUAAGUCAGACAAGUUCGACUGGACAUUGAGAUCUGGAGCAACCCCAUCUUCCAACACUGGUCCCUCAUCAGGCCACGGAGGUUCAGGAUUUUAUGCGUACAUCGAGACCUCGUCUCCAAGGAAAUCUGGGGACAACGCCAAGCUUCUUUUCAAGACUUCCACAACCGGGCUGUUCUGCCUGAAGUUCUUUUAUUACAUGUUUGGGAAUUCAGUGGGAACUCUUAACGUCUUCAAUGGAAAUAAAAAUAUAUUUACCAAGUCAGGUAACCAAGGAGAUAAAUGGGAAGAAGCCUAA